CCGGCGCGGCCCCUGGCAGAGCAAACGUACGGCGAGGUGAACCAGCUGGGCGGCGUGUUCGUGAACGGCAGGCCCCUGCCCAACGCCAUCCGGCUGCGCAUCGUGGAGCUGGCGCAGCUCGGCAUCCGACCCUGCGACAUCAGCCGGCAGCUGCGCGUCUCGCACGGCUGCGUGAGCAAGAUCCUGGCGCGCUACAACGAGACGGGCUCCAUCCUGCCCGGCGCCAUCGGGGGCAGCAAGCCGCGGGUCACCACGCCCAACGUGGUCAAGCACAUCCGAGACUACAAGCAGGGCGACCCGGGCAUCUUCGCCUGGGAAAUCCGCGACCGACUGCUGGCCGACGGCGUGUGCGACAAGUACAACGUGCCCUCGGUCAGCUCCAUCAGCAGGAUUUUACGGAACAAGAUCGGGAACCUCUCCCAGCCCGGCCCCUACGAGGGCAGCAAGCAGCCUCCGCCGCAGCCCGCGCUGCCCUACAACCACAUCUACCAGUACCCAUACCCCAGCCCCAUGUCCUCCUCGGGCGCCAAGAUGGGCAGCCACCCGGGCGUGCCGGUCACCGCGGCCCAUGUCAGCAUCCCCCGGUCCUGGCCCUCGGCUCACUCCGUCACCAACAUCCUGGGGAUCCGCACCUUCAUGGAGCAGACAGGGGCUCUGGCUGGGACAGAGGGAUCUGCCUACCCACCCAAAAUGGAAGACUGGCCCGGUGUGAACAGAACUGCCUUCCCUUCUGCGCAGGGCGUCAAUGGGCUGGAAAAAGCUGCCAUGGAUGCGGACAUCAAGUACCCGCAGCCGACCCCCGGGCUCUCCACCAUGGGCAGCUUUCUCCCGGCCUGCGCCUACCCUUCUUCCAACCAGCACGGAGUCUACGGCGGACCUGGAGGAGGUUACAUCACUCCAGGCCACCACUGGCAGACACAGAGCAACCCCUUGGCCCAUCACGGGCCUGGAGUGACGGUGCACGGCGGGGAUCUGGCCACCGCCAUGGCUUUCAAGCACCCCGGCAGAGAAGCUGCAGACAGGAAACCUACUAGUCCUGUUGGCAAAGCUCAAGACACACUCAGUAAUAUACAUGGACUUUCUAUCCCAGCCUCAUCUUCCUAGAGCUCCUGGGACUUGAGCCAAGAGUGAGAAAGAGAGAUGUGGAGCACACACCUGCAACUCCAAAAAUGUAACCGAACCCAGGAGCAUGACUGUAUUGGAAAAGGUGCCUUUGGAGAGGAAAAGGCGGUGUUUGAAACAGACCCAGGCAGUGAGAAGAGAGGACAUUCUUUCAUGGCAAAUUAAUGCACAUGUGAAUGUGAUCUGGACUUUCAUUCACAUCAUGCCUUGAGUGAGACAUUUCCUCGAUCCAGUUGGAAAGGAUUUUCCCCUUUUUUCUUUCUCUUUCUCUUUCCUUCUUUCCUGUCACUUCAGACAACCUCUGGAUGUAUCCCAGCCACAGAUUUUUCACUACAUUUCCCAUCAUCGUUCAUGGCUUGCAGUGUCUCCAACUUCACUCUUACACUUCCAAGUGCCUUUCCUCUAGAGAGGGAUCAUUGGGUGUCUACAAAGCCUUGACCCAGAUGGCUGUGCUCUGAAGCAUUUUCCCCCUUCUCUCCCUGAAAGUUUUUAAUGUCUCCACUCAGAGUGUAAAUGGACAAAUAUGCAACAUUUUAUGAUAUAUUUUUAUAAUAA